AUGGAGCCGACCCGCCACAAUAUCGCUGCAGUAUUGUUCGACUUGGAUGGAACUCUUUUUGAUCAUCACCACUCGCUCGGAUCCGCCAUAUCAACAGUUCAACAGAAAUAUGACAGUUUCUCAGGGGAAAAUACCCAAGACCUCAUUUCCAAGUACAACAUAUCACUUCAGAAGGCCUACGACGAAUACCUGCGCAAUAGAAUCACUUACCAAGAGGCGGACUCUAGAAAGAUUCGCCUGUUUUUCAACGAGGUUGGGCUCCCAGAGCCGACUGCCCAGCAGAUCACCGAGUUCAGGAACGUCUACAAACCAGCGUACCAGAAAAGUCGAAGAGCGACUCCAGACAGUGUCGAGAUGCUGAUUCGUCUACGCGAGCACGGUUUCAGACUGGGAAUCGUUACCAACGGACAACUCAAAGACCAGCUGGAAAAGUCGGAUGCAAUUGGGGUCCGUCACCUUGUCGACAAUAUCAUCACCUCAGAAGAAGCAGGGUGUUGCAAGCCCGAUAAACGACUGUUUCACCUAGCCAUCGAGGCGUUGGGAGCCACGCUUCAGAACAGCUAUAUGAUAGGUGAUUCUGUGGACUCUGAUAUCAGGGGAGGUCUUGAAUGCGGAAUCGAGACCAUUUUGUAUUCGCCCGUUGCGACAGACUCCACGAGAGUAUUGUUCGGUACACCUGUGUCAGUCAUCCGAAGCAUGUCUCAGCUCCCGGGGUACCUCAACUUCAGCCUCCCACGAUUCGCCCCAAAUAUCGCCUAUCAAAAUUCGCUAGUUGUUGCGGAGGGAAUCGGCAUGGACUUGAUUACCGAGCCACGGCACUGUCUCUGGUUGCCGAAGAAUACCGUCCACGACCUUGCGAAAGAACUGUCUGCUGUUCUUGCAGGCAUCUCCGUGGAGAACUACGUCUUUGCCAUCCUUCGAACCGAAGGAAUGGUCAGAACAGUCGCUAAAGCGGCAUCCCCAAUCAACGAGACCGCCAUACGGAUCUCUUAUCGAGGCCAAGGCGAGCAAAUGAACGAGCCGAGCACACAUGUCAGAUUUCACAUCACUGAGAGACUUCACAGCAUCCGGAUCGACUACGAAAAAUGCAUUCUCUCUUCGAAAUCAUGCAUUGAAGCUAGGUUGCUCGAGAGUCUUAGAUUGCUCCAGGCCUGUUGUGACAACCUCAUGCGAGACUACCCAAGAGCAGCAUUGCGAAAUCUCAGGUCUGUGAUGAUGAUACUAGCUGAGAUCGCUGGCACACAGGCUUCAUUAGUUGUCGAGGGCGAAGGAAUUGAGCUUUAA